AUGCUAAAUUUCAUGCGUCCUUCUAGAGAAUUGCUAAAAUGUAUUAGUAAAGCUGUAUUUACGUUUCCCGUCUGCCGUUACUCGUCAUUCGUGAGUAGUACUAAUGAACAUGAAGUGAAACAACAAAUUCCAGCUGAUGAACAAGAGAUUAAGAGACUAUCAACAUUCGGCGUUUACGUUGGUGAAUGUUUACCUAAGUUUGUCCAAAAGGUGCAAAUAGGUCAUACCAAAGAACUUGAAAUUUGUAUUCAUCCUGAUGGAGUUAUUCCAGUUCUUUCAUUCCUGAAAUGUCAUCACAGUGCUCAAUUCUUAAACCUUUCGGAUAUUACUGCUGUUGAUAUACCAUCAAGAAAAUAUAGAUUCCAGAUUGUUUAUAAUCUUCUUUCUUUGAGGUAUAACUCUCGAAUUCGUGUCUUGACCUACACAGACGAACUUACACCGAUCGACUCGUCUUGUUCCAUCUUUCAAGCAUCAAAUUGGUAUGAACGGGAGGUGUGGGACAUGUACGGUGUGUUUUUCUAUGAUCAUCCGGAUCUUCGUCGGAUCCUUACUGACUAUGGUUUUAUAGGGCAUCCUCAACGGAGAGAUUUUCCUCUAAGUGGAUAUACAGAGGUAUGAAGAUGAAAUCUUUUAAUUACUCUGUCUUCCACAUUUAUUGCUAGUCUUAAUGCCACUAAAUUAUCGUCUCAACGUUUAUUGUAUGACUUAUUGUAUACAUGUAUACAUACAUGAAAGGAGCAAGACGCAUAAUUAUGUGAAAGGAAACUAAGAAGAUCCGAAUUAAGGUAGUAGAUACAUCAACAUCAACUAAACAUAAGAAAUGCAGUUCAAAAUAAAUUGGUCAACUUAACGAAUGAAAAGAGCAUCAACUUCAGGUGAAAAUUGCUUUUAAAUAAAAAAACAAGAGAUAGUAUCACUCUCCACAGGUCGACAUUUGAGUUCAUUCAUGUAUGACCAGAGAUGUAUAUUUUUCUUUAUUGUGUUUGACUACAUAUGUGAUAUCCUGACACGUACAACUGACAGGUUUCAUAAUUAGACACUAGUUCUUUUGAAAGUUGGGUUUUAUAACUCAUCAUCUCCACAAAUAAGACUUCAAACAAGCAAACUCUAUCUAGGCUUGAAUAGUUCACAUCGAGAGGAGCAAGUAUCUCAGUUCUACUUAUAGGGGGUUAUGCGAUGCACCAUGUCAUGUCGUCUUAGCUAUCUCUCUCCGUAACUAACAUUUAUCCGACUAGAAAUACCUGGUCGUUUGAUCACUCUAAAAACAAUAAAAUUAGUUACGAGUUGACGACCAAAGCUUCUCUUAGUGGCUUUUCGUGAACAAGAAUCUUUAUUUUAGACCAUUGUAUGCAAUUCGGAAACCGUUUGAUAAUCCAGAGUGCUUCAUUUCUACAUUCAUAAUCUUAAAAUCCCUACAGGAAAUCAGUUGCCCGAAAUUUUCCCUAUGUUCCUGCGUGAACUAGGUCACAAAGUUCUUUUCCCAGCCUCACCUAGCACAAAAGCUUACUGAGUGAGUGUACCUUACCCUGUAAUCACAUGAAAUACCCAUGGUCCAUAGUACGCAUAAACUUUGCUGGUCCAGUUAACUCGAUCACAUAAAUGUAUUUCCCCUUGACACUGCCAUUAGUAACCUAGACCACUCAGUUACCAUAGAAAGACUUAUCAAUACCAUUUGCCGAAUAGAAUGGCAUAGAAAACUAUUUUACUUCAUGUUACAUCUUGGUUUAACCAUGUAUCAAGUACAGAUUAAUGUGCUGGCUUUUUAACCUCACUUUAUUUAUUUAAUGACUAGCUAUACUACCCAGUUGCCCAAACUGAAAUAUGUAAGGUGGCGUAUGAACCUGAGGCCUACUGGUUAAAGCUCAGACGCAUAUGUGCUGAUACGGCUAGUUUUUCAUCAUGUUUCGAAGGACACAAUAAAUUCAUGUAUUUUAACCAUUCUUUUGGGUUUAAUAAAAUUCUUAUCUAAGGUUGUAAUCACGGUCUCUGGAUUUUCCGAGGUCUGUGUAGAUAGGUUAGUAUAUUUUUCACUCAGUGUCCAUAACUGUCAGUAUUUAAGGAAAAUCCACGUUUGAUUAUCAGAACUUAUGAAUUUUUUAAAACAAUUUACGUCGUUUAUGACAAGACAUUUUUGUAACAGCCCGUGUUAAAACCCUACAACUGUAUCCACUUAUCUCAACCUAUUUUUGGAUUUUUAAAAAUUGUUUUAGCAGUACUGAAUGUGUAUUUUAUUUUUACAAGCUCACAUAACAUUUAUAAGUAUCUGUAGAGUUGUGUAUCAGUAAUUCGAUCACUCAACUUUUAACAAUCUGGUCGCGAAUCGAACAUCUUGCUCCAUCGUUAUAGGUUUUCACAGCCAAGUAGUACUUCUAGCGUUCUCACUAAGACUAACUCGAAGCCUAAUACACUGAAUAUUUCAUCAUUAUAAGUUGUACAAAUAAGUACCUCACACUAUGCACAUUCUCCUAAUUAAUAGUCGAUGAAUGUUUUAACUAGUUUAUUCCAUUUAUGACAUUGAUCAUCAACGACCUAGCAGUCCAGAUGAAUGCAUCUGGCUUUUAACUUUUCAAAGGUGAUAGCUUCGUUACAUAUUUAAUAGUAUGUUAUUUUUAAUCUUAUUUAUUGAUAGUGCUGACAAUGGUAACUUCAUUUCUUAUAAAUAAGUUCGGUUAAACUAAGUAGAUACUUGACUGUGUGGUAUUAACUCUUGUUUUUCAGGUGAGAUUUGACGACCAAUAC